AUGAUCCAAGGAAUGAAGGCAAGCCUGGGCAAGGAUCCGUUGAUUGUCGAAGAAGGAUCAAUGACUCAAUUGCAAGCAAAUCGGGUCAAGAAAGUGAAGGGAUUACUUGCACAAGUUACAAUGGAUGAAAUAUCAAUCUUAGCAAGCAAAGGAGCAAGUUUCAUGUUGGACUCAAGUGAGGAAACAGUUUGGAUCAAUGAACCAUUGACCGAGGAGGAGAUAGAAGACCUCAUUGCUGAACUUUUAGAAGUCGAGGGUAAGGCUGCCGAGGCUCAAGAAUCACUUGAAGAUGAAUCACUAGCAAAAGUAGAGGCGGAUGUCAGGGGAGAACUAGCCCAAUCUCUCUCUGGAGAUGAUUUGGAGAAGGCUGUUAAGGAAGAGAUGGCAACAUUCAAGGAAGAGUGGGAAGUUGAGCUCGAUGAGCUUGAGACUGAGAGUGCUCAUUUGUUGGAACAACUUGAUGGUGCUGGUAUUGAACUCUCAAGCCUCUAUAAGUGGAUUGAAAAGCAGGCUCCAAAUGGUUGCUGUACUGAAGCGUGGAAAAAGAGGACUCAUUGGGUUGGAAAUCAGAUGUCAAGUGAUGUGACUGAGUCAGUUGCGCAAGCUGAAGAUUAUCUCCAGACCUACAGGCCUGUGAGAAGACGGCAUGGUAAAAUUAUGGAGGAGGGUGCCAGUGGUUUCCUCGAGAAAAAACUUAACAGCGAAAACAAUGAAGCUGCAAAAACCAGUUCAGAUAUUGAUUGGGACUCUUUCAGCAAGAUGUGCUCUGACAAAUCAUCAAUAGAGAAUAUCAAAUUUGGCAGUGAGCACUGGGCUUCUGUCUAUCUGGCCAGUACACCACAGCAAGCUGCUGAACUGUGUCUAAAUUUUCCAGGAGUCAACGAGGUAGAGGAGAUUAAUGAUGUUGAUGUCAGUUCAAGUGAUCCAUUUGUUGCAGAUGCUGUAGCAAAUGAAAGAGAUUUGAAUCUUACUGAAGAGCAAAAGAGAAACUUUAGAAAGGUCAGUCUUAUCUUCUUUCUAAUGUAGUUCACUGUAUUGACGGCAAUGUGCAAAGAAAAUUGUUUUUUUUUUCAUUAGUUUAUGUUAGUUUUUGAUCCUGUUCUCUCUCAUUAAUCCAGGGGUGUCCAUUUACCAGAAAGAUAAAUGAGGGUUGAUUUCAUGCUUUCUGAUGCAAUAUUAGAAGGGAUAUUAAUAUAUUUAAUUUCCAAUUUUAAUGCGUAUUUUAGGAAACAUAAUUAGUCAUUUAUUUAUAGUAUUUUCCUACUUUAAUUAUCAUAAGUUUAAACCCUAUAUAGAGGGAUCUAUGCAAUGUAAUUGGAACAAAUUUUGAUGAUGAAAUAAAUUGAUUUCUCUCCCUAAUUUCUAUUUUCUCCUCUUCUCCUCUUCUUCUCUCUUCCCCCUCCUUUCUCUUCUUCUCCCUCCUUUCCCUUUCUCCUACAAUUCUCCUAUUACAUCCGGCGUCAAUUUGGUAUCAAAGGAAAAAGAAGUUCCUCCUUUGAUUAGGUUUUGGUUCACCACGAUAAGUGUUUUACAGCAGUCACCUAUCCUACAACCACCAACAAGACAAACUGUUAUCUACAGCAACACAUCCAACCCAAGCCAAUACUACCCAAUUAGAGCAGCCCAUUAUCUACAACAGCCUAUACAACCAAGCCAAUACCACCAAAUUAGAAAAAAAGGGGUAGCAACUUAAAGAUACAAAUUAGCAGAGGUGGUAAUAAUUUUAUUCUUGUCUUGUAGUUUAUUGUGU